AUGGCCAGGCAGAACAAAGGAAAGAAAAUCGACCGCAAGCAGAAACGGCUUUCUGAGGACGAGGAGCUCGUACAGCUCCAGAGCCGCAUUGACGAGUUUGACCCCGUGGCAGAUGGUGCCGCGUUGAGCCUGUUUCUGGAUUUGCCAAUCACCGCCGCCACGCUCCGGGGCUUGAAAGAGGCAAACUUUGUCGAGAUGACGGACAUUCAGAAGAAGACUAUCUGCAUGUCGUUGAAGGGCGACGACAUCAUGGGCACCGCCAAAACCGGGUCCGGCAAGACUCUUGCGUUCUUGGUUCCGGUCAUGGAGGCGCUCAUCCGCAACCGCAUCACGGAGUUUGAUGGGCUUGCCGCUCUCAUCAUCUCGCCCACCAGGGAGUUGGCCGUGCAAAUCUUCGAGGUGCUCACGAAAAUUGGUAAAUACAACUCGUUCUCGGCAGGUUUGGUCACAGGUGGAAAGGACGUCCAGUACGAGAAGGAGCGAGUGGCUCGCAUGAACAUUCUUGUGGGUACGCCUGGGCGCAUUUCCCAGCAUAUGAAUGAAACCGUGGGUAUGGAAACCACCAACUUGCAGGUGCUUGUUUUGGACGAGGCGGACCGAUGUCUCGACAUGGGCUUCAAGAAGCAGAUCGACAGCAUCGUAAGCCACUUGCCGCCUACCAGACAGACUCUUUUGUUUUCGGCUACCCAGUCGGAAAACGUCACAGACUUGGCUCGGCUUUCAUUGACGAACCCACGCAAAAUUGGUGUAUCCUCGGACAGUUCCAUGUCUGCCACGCCGGACAGCUUGGAGCAGUUCUACGUGCGCAUUCCACUCGACGAAAAGCUUGAUGUUUUGUGGUCCUUCAUCAAGUCGCACUUGAAGAGCAAGAUCCUCGUGUUUUUCUCGUCGCUGAAGCAGGUCCAAUAUGCGUAUGAGACGUUCCGCACGCUACAACCGGGCAUUUCGCUUAUGAAGCUCUACGGCCGCCACAAGCAGGUCACGCGCUUGGAGACCACAUCAAAGUUCACCCAUGCACAGUAUGCGUGUCUUUUUGCCACUGAUAUUGUUGCGCGUGGUCUCGAUUUCCCGGCCAUCGACUGGGUCGUGCAGGUCGAUUGUCCCGAGGACGCUGGCACCUACGUGCACCGUGCGGGCCGUUGUGCACGUUUUGGCCGGCCCGGAAAAUCGCUCUUGAUGCUCUUGCCGUCCGAGGAGGAGGCAAUGUUAAGGCGCCUCAAGGGCAACAAAAUUGAGCCCAAGUACAUGAACAUCAGACAGAAAAACAAGAAAACCAUCCGGCCGCAGCUACAGUCCUUGUGUUUUAAGGAUCCAAAAAUGAAGAACUUGGGCCAGCGUGCGUUCAUCUCCUACUACAAAUCAGUCUACGUACAGAAAGAUAAAGAGAUUUUCAAAAUUGACGAUCUUCCGACGGAGAAGUAUGCCGAGUCCUUGGGCUUACCUGGCGCGCCGCAGAUCAAAAUCAAGGGUGGCGAGUCAGGCAAGGACAAGAAGAAUAUGUCGAAGAAGUUGUUAGACUUGGAGAAGGCGGACGCAGAAGGCGAAGCCAAGGAAGACGCCAAAAAGGGUGUUCGUACAAAGUACGACCGCAUGUUCGAAAGACAGAAUCAGACCGUGCUUUCUAAAGAAUACUUGAACAUGACCGGCACCAAAAUCAGAAAAGACCAAGACACCGACGACAGCGACGACGACUUUAUGGCUGUUAAGAGACAAGACCAUGGAAUUGCCGAGGAGGAUCUUCCCGACUUGAGCGUGCCGGUGUCGAAGAGACAGGCUAAGAAGGCGCUUUCCAAAAAGUUGUCCGCCGCAAACCACGGCUUGCCGACGAAACUCAAGUUCGACGACGAUGGCACUGCGCACCCACUCUACGAAUUAGAGGGUGAAGAAGAUUUCAAGAGCAAGGGCGAUGCCCAGACGCAAAAGGCAGAGUACGUGAUGAAGGAAACUGAGACCAUGAACGACGCGGACGUUGAGGAUAAGGAAUUGGCCCGCGCCAAGAGACAGGAUAAGAAGAGAAAGCGGAAAGAGAUCGAAAGACGUGUGAGGGAAGAAGAGCUCAGUGGCAGCGAUGACGAUGAAGGUGGUGCUGUAGUAACUUUGGGCACAGGAGAUUUGGAUCAGGACCUCGAGUCGCUGGACGACGAACCGGAGCAGCCCGCCAGCAAGAAGUCCAGAUGGUUUGAAAAAUCUACCAGAAAGAAUGACCUUGACGAGGGCGUGGUCGAGCUCGAUGAGCCUGAGACCUUGGAGGACUUGGAGGCUUUGACUUCGCGGUUGAUUAACAAUUAG